AUUAACUUCCCUUAGCCUUCAAGCCUAGUACUUUAAUGCCAAGUACCUGCAAGCCUCAAUGUCCAAGACUUUUAAGAGCAGAAGGUAUGAUGAGUUACAUCUUUACUAGGGUCACAAGGAAGGCAUGGGUAUAUGGAAAUUUGUAUUAUUCCAUCUGAAUAUCAUGUUCUAGAGAACAGGGGCAUUUGUUCUGAAGGGCUACCGGCUCCCUUCUGGGAUCUAGCAGCCAGGGUUAGAUCACAGGUGUCACUUUCAGGCAAGUAGUUAGCAACGAUAUCGCUAGCAACUGAGCCGGCCCCCUGCAGACAGAGGUUUGCAGUGGGUACUGUGUAUUACAGAAAGGGUCCUGACAUGUGAAAGGAAGGAAUAUGCCCUAAUAUUCUACAGUUGUUUUAUCAUUGCUACUGAUUAGGUCCAUGGAGGGAAGCCCAUCCCUGAGACGCAUGACGGUGAUGCGGGAGAAGGGCCGCCGCCAGGCUGUCAGGGGCCCGGCCUUCAUGUUCAAUGACCGGGGCACCAGCCUCACCGCCGAGGAGGAGCGCUUCCUCGACGCCGCCGAAUACGGCAACAUCCCAGUGGUGCGCAAAAUGCUGGAGGAGUCCAAGACGCUGAACGUCAACUGCGUGGACUACAUGGGCCAGAACGCGCUGCAGCUGGCUGUGGGCAACGAGCACCUGGAGGUGACCGAGCUGCUGCUCAAGAAGGAGAACCUGGCGCGCAUUGGCGACGCCCUGCUGCUCGCCAUCAGCAAGGGCUACGUGCGCAUCGUAGAGGCCAUCCUCAACCACCCUGGCUUCGCCGCCAGCAAGCGCCUCACCCUCAGCCCCUGCGAGCAGGAGCUGCAGGACGACGACUUCUACGCUUACGACGAGGACGGCACGCGCUUCUCGCCGGACAUCACCCCCAUCAUCCUGGCGGCGCACUGCCAGAAAUACGAAGUGGUACACAUGCUGCUGAUGAAGGGCGCCAGGAUCGAGCGGCCGCACGACUAUUUCUGCAAGUGCGGGGACUGCAUGGAGAAGCAGAGGCACGACUCCUUCAGCCACUCGCGCUCGAGGAUCAACGCCUAUAAGGGGCUGGCCAGCCCGGCGUACCUCUCGUUGUCCAGCGAAGACCCAGUGCUCACAGCCCUAGAGCUCAGCAACGAGCUGGCCAAGCUGGCCAACAUAGAGAAGGAGUUCAAGAAUGACUAUCGGAAGCUCUCCAUGCAGUGCAAAGACUUUGUAGUGGGUGUGCUGGAUCUCUGCCGAGACUCAGAAGAGGUAGAAGCCAUUCUGAAUGGAGAUCUGGAAUCAGCAGAACCUCUGGAGGUACACAGGCACAAAGCUUCAUUAAGUCGUGUCAAACUUGCCAUUAAGUAUGAAGUCAAAAAGUUUGUGGCUCAUCCCAACUGCCAGCAGCAGCUCUUGACAAUCUGGUAUGAGAACCUCUCAGGCCUAAGGGAGCAGACCAUAGCGAUCAAGUGUCUCGUUGUGCUGGUCGUGGCCCUGGGCCUUCCAUUCCUUGCUAUUGGCUACUGGAUUGCACCUUGCAGCAGGCUGGGGAAAAUUCUGCGAAGCCCUUUUAUGAAGUUUGUAGCACACGCAGCUUCUUUCAUCAUCUUCCUGGGCCUGCUUGUGUUCAAUGCCUCAGACAGGUUCGAAGGCAUCACCACGCUGCCCAAUAUCACGGUUAUUGACUAUCCCAAACAGAUCUUCAGGGUGAAAACCACCCAGUUUACAUGGACUGAAAUGCUCAUUAUGGUCUGGGUUCUUGGAAUGAUGUGGUCUGAGUGUAAAGAGCUCUGGCUGGAAGGACCUAGGGAAUACAUUUUGCAGUUGUGGAAUGUGCUGGACUUUGGGAUGCUCUCCAUCUUCAUUGCUGCUUUCACAGCCAGAUUCCUAGCUUUCCUUCAGGCAACAAAGGCACAACAGUAUGUGGACAGUUAUGUCCAAGAGAGCGACCUCAGUGAAGUGACACUCCCACCAGAGAUACAGUAUUUCACUUACGCUAGAGAUAAAUGGCUCCCUUCUGACCCUCAGAUUAUAUCUGAAGGCCUUUAUGCCAUAGCUGUUGUGCUCAGCUUCUCUCGGAUUGCGUACAUCCUCCCUGCAAAUGAGAGCUUUGGCCCCCUGCAGAUCUCUCUUGGAAGGACUGUAAAGGACAUAUUCAAGUUCAUGGUCCUCUUUAUUAUGGUGUUUUUUGCCUUUAUGAUUGGCAUGUUCAUACUUUAUUCUUACUACCUUGGGGCUAAAGUAAAUGCUGCUUUUACCACUGUAGAAGAAAGUUUCAAGACUUUAUUUUGGUCAAUAUUUGGGUUGUCUGAAGUGACUUCUGUUGUGCUCAAAUAUGAUCACAAAUUCAUAGAAAAUAUUGGAUACGUUCUUUAUGGAAUAUACAACGUAACUAUGGUGGUCGUUUUACUCAACAUGCUAAUUGCUAUGAUUAAUAGCUCAUAUCAAGAAAUUGAGGAUGACAGCGAUGUAGAAUGGAAGUUUGCUCGUUCAAAACUUUGGUUAUCCUAUUUUGAUGAUGGAAAAACAUUACCUCCACCCUUCAGUCUAGUUCCUAGUCCAAAAUCAUUUGUUUAUUUCAUCAUGCGAAUCAUUAACUUCCCCAAAUGCAGAAGGAGAAGGCUUCAGAAGGAUAUAGAAAUGGGAAUGGGUAACUCAAAGUCCAGGUUAAACCUCUUCACUCAGUCUAACUCAAGAGUUUUUGAAUCACACAGUUUUAACAGCAUUCUCAAUCAGCCAACACGUUAUCAGCAGAUAAUGAAAAGACUUAUAAAGCGGUAUGUUUUGAAAGCACAAGUAGACAAAGAAAAUGAUGAAGUUAAUGAAGGUGAAUUAAAAGAAAUCAAGCAAGAUAUCUCCAGCCUUCGUUAUGAACUUUUGGAAGACAAGAGCCAAGCAACUGAGGAAUUAGCCAUUCUAAUUCAUAAACUUAGUGAGAAACUGAAUCCCAGCAUGCUGAGAUGCGAAUGAUGCGGCAACCUGGAUUUGGCUUUGACUGUAGCACAAAUGUGGGCAAUAAUAUUUCUAAGUAUGAAAUACUUGAAAAACUAUGAUGUACAUUUUUAGUAUUAACUACCUUUAUCAUGUGAAUCUUUAAAAGUUAGCUCGUAAUGGUUUUAUUGUUUUAUCACAUGAAAAUGCAUUUUAUUUGUCUGCCUUGACAUUACAAUGACAUACCAUUGUGUUGAAAAGCCCAAUAUUACUAUAUUAUUGAAAUUUUUAUUCAUUUUAAACUCCACAUCUUUGCACUACCUGUUUGCCUCCAAGAGACUAUCAGUUUCUUGGGGACAGGGACCAUGUCUUAUUCAUCUUUGUGUCUCCAGCAUCUAGUACAGUGCCUGGUACAUAGUAGGUGCUCAAUAAAUGUUGAAACCAACUGAACUGAACUGCCAACAAAAUAAAAAUAAAAAGUCCUCACUAUGUAGCAUACCUUCCCUUGUCCAAGUUCUGAGUUCUGAAGAGAUCUUUUUUUUUUUUAAAUAGAAACUGAAGAAAUUUUACAACCAGCUAUGACUUGGUAAGACAUUCUUAGAAUUUUAGGUGUCACUGAUAAUCCUAGAACCAUUGAGCCCCGAGGGAAGAGUUUAACAACAAAAUCGGUUAAUGGAAAAUAUAAUUACAUUAAAUAUUUAAGUUUCAUAUAAUUAUUUAAAACAACACAUUAAAGAUUUUUCUAAAAUA